AUGGACAUGUUUCAAAAGUGCAUGAAUCCUGUGGAGAAGUGCCUCAAGGACGCGAAGAUGUCCAAGGCGCAGAUUCACGACGUCGUGCUCGUGGGUGGGUCAACGCACAUUCCCAAGGUGCAGCAGCUGCUGCAAGAGUAUUUCAACGGCAAGGAGCUUUGCAAGAGCAUCAACCCCGACGAGGCCGUCGCGUAUGGCGCGGCGGUUCAAGCGGCGAUUCUGAGCGGCGAGGGGAACGAGAAGGUGCAGGACCUGCUGCUGCUCGACGUGACGCCGCUGUCGCUUGGGUUGGAGACACCUGGAGGGGUAACGAUGGUGCUGAUUCCUAGGAACUCCACGAUUCCGACGAAGAAGGAGCAGGUGUUCUCGACGUUUUCGGAUAACCAGCCGGGAGUGCUAAUUCAAGUAUACGAAGGUGAGCGCGCCCGGACCAAGGACAACAAUCUACUCGGAAAGUUCGAGCUGUCGGGAAUUCCGCCGGCGCCACGUGGCGUGCCGCAGAUCACCGUGACGUUCGACAUUGAUGCGAACGGCAUUCUGAACGUGAGCGCGGAGGACAAGACUAGCGGGCAGAAGAACAAGAUCACUAUCACGAAUGAUAAGGGCCGACUGAGCAAGGAGGAAAUCGAGCGGAUGGUGGAGGAAGCAGAGAAGUACAAGGAGGAUGUUGAGCAGCACAAGAAGCGGGUUGAGGCGAAGAACGCGCUCGAGAAUUAUUCGUACGGCAUGCAUAACACCGUUCGCGACGACAAGAUCACGGGGAAGCUGUCGCCUGAAGAUAAGAAGGCGAUCGAGAAGGCUGGUGACGAGACGAUUGAUUGGCUGGAUAAGAACCAGCUCGCCGACGUGGACGAAUUCGAGGACAACCAAAAGGAGCUGGAAGGCAUUUGUAACCCGAUCGUUUCGAAAAUGUAUCAAGUUGGUGCUGGACCAGUGCCAGGAGCGGGAGGAAUGGGGGAUGUGCCUAUGGGGGGUGGUUCUUCGAGCGGAGCAAAUAUUGAAACGGAGCAGCUAAAAAUGGAGUUGGGAGAGAUAGCACCGGCUAGACUAGCGCUCAAGGCGCUUGAAGCUGCACCGGAGGAUUGGAAGAAAGUAUUGGUGGCAGCUGGAGGCAUUAGCUCGGCUGCCUCACAGCAGCAACAGUUACCGUACGUCUCAAGCGAUGGGAUUUUCUCACUGAAGCAGAUGAGGAGGUUUUGGGGGUCGGGCCAGGCCUCUAACAAGCAGGAGAAGUGGGGGAGCAGAUGGGGCAGAAAAAUCGACUGGAGGAAAGUCAUUGCCAUCAGGGACUCUCGAGUGGUUCCCAACCGCCCACGCAGUGUUCUGCUGAGGAUCCACGGCCUCAAUCUUCAGGUGGGAGAGAGGGUGGCUUUCCUCCGCCGCAAGCCGGUCUGCCCGUACUGUAGCGAGGAGGAAACCCUAAAGCAUUGUCUCUCCACCUGCCUGGCCAUCCAAGUGGUCACCACUUCGAUCCUGCGGGCUCUGCGCAUGAUAGACCCAGCUCGCCGCAUCUCCUCGCUGGGGGACAUGCUCUUCAAGCGUAUCAGCGAUUUGGAUGGAGUGAAAUGGGAAGCGGGAAUGGGAGGGAUGGGACAAGGUGUGAAGCGAUGGGGUAGUAGAGGGAAGAACACUGGAGUGGACAGAAACGAGAAUGCAGAGAUGGAGAGAGAGCUGCAGGGACAAGUGAAGUCGAAGUGGGGGAGAGGUGAGGAUUAA